ACCUGCUUUAGUUUCAGUUGCUGCAAAAAAGAGCAUUCUUCCAAACAAAACACCAUUUGAAACUUCCACUAAUACUCAAGAAGAUGAGUUUUGGGCAGCAGAGACAGAGCAGCUCUUGUGGCGGUGGUGGUGGUGGAGGAGGAGGAAGCUCUUCAUGCAGCGGAGGUGGAGGUGGAAGUAGUGGAGGAGGCUCCUCUGGACAGCAGAGGCAAGGGUGCUGCUGUUGCUGUGGUGGAGGUUCCUCUGGAUCUUCUGGUGGAAUGCAACAAAUGCAAGGAUCUGGAUCCAGCUCUGGUUGUGGAGGAGGAUCGAGCAGCAGUGGUGGACACCAGAGCAUCAUAAUCUCAAGCGGUGGAGGAGGACAGAGCUCUGGUGGAGGCGGAAGCAGCGGUGGACAGUCUUCUGGAUGUUGCAUGGGUGGCAGCUCAGGAUUAUCUCAACAAAAGAUUCCAUUAAUAAGUGGGGGUAGUGGAGGUGGUUGUGGAGGAGGCAGCUCUGGUGGAGGCGGAAGCAGUGGUGGACAGUCUUCUGGAUGCUGCAUGGGUGGUGGCUCAGGUGGGGGAUCAGGAUCAUCUCAACAAAAGAUUCCAUUAAUAAGUGGAGGCAGUGGAGGUGGUUGUGGAGGAGGCAGCUCUGGUGGAGGCGGAAGCAGUGGUGGACAGUCUUCUGGAUGCUGCAUGGGUGGUGGCUCAGGUGGAGGAUCAGGAUCAUCUCAACAAAAGAUUCCAUUAAUAAGUGGAGGUAGCGGAGGUGGUUGUGGAGGAGGCAGCUCUGGUGGAGGCGGAAGCAGUGGUGGACAAUCUCCUAUUUCAGGAGGGUCCAGUGGAGGAGGUGGAGGUUCAGGAGGUAGUGUUAAAAUUAUGGGUGGGGGAUCUGGUGGGGGUGGGAGCAGUGGUGGUCAGAGUUCAGGAGGCUGUGGUAUGGGAGGGGGUGGUGGCUCAGGAGGUGGUGUCAAAAUUAUAGGUGGGGGAUCCGGUGGUGGUGGUGGUAGCAGUGGUGGUCAGAGUUCAGGAGGCUGUGGUAUGGGAGGGGGUGGUGGCUCAGGAGGUGGUGUCAAAGUUAUAGGUGGGGGAUCCGGUGGUGGUGGUGGUAGCAGUGGUGGUCAGAGUUCAGGAGGCUGUGGUAUGGGAGGGGGUGGUGGCUCAGGAGGUGGUGUCAAAGUUAUAGGUGGGGGAUCCGGUGGUGGUGGUGGUAGCAGUGGUGGUCAGAGUUCAGGAGGCUGUGGUAUGGGAGGGGGUGGUGGCUCAGGAGGUGGUGUCAAAGUUAUAGGUGGGGGAUCCGGUGGUGGUGGUGGUAGCAGUGGUGGUCAGAGUUCAGGAGGCUGUGGUAUGGGAGGGGGUGGUGGCUCAGGAGGUGGUGUCAAAAUUAUAGGUGGGGGAUCUGGUGGAGGUGGUGGUAGCAGUGGUGGUCAGAGUUCAGGGGGCUGUGGUAUGGGAGGGGGUGGUGGCUCAGGAGGUGGUGUCAAAAUUAUAGGUGGGGGAUCCAGUGGUGGUGGUGGUCAGAGUUCAGGGGGCUGUGGUAUGGGAGGAGGUGGUGGCUCAGGAGGUGGUGUCAAAAUUAUAGGUGGGGGAUCCAGUGGUGGUGGUGGUAGCAGUGGUGGUCAGAGUUCAGGGGGCUGUGGUAUGGGAGGGGGUGGUGGCUCAGGAGGUGGUGUCAAAAUUAUAGGUGGGGGAUCCAGUGGUGGUGGUGGUGGUAGCAGUGGUGGUCAGAGUUCAGGAGGCUGUGGUAUGGGAGGGGGUGGUGGCUCAGGAGGUGGUGUCAAAAUUGUAGGUGGGGGAUCCAGUGGUGGUGGUGGGGGCAGCAGUGGUGGUCAGAGUUCAGGGGGCUGUAGUAUGGGAGGGAGUGGUGGCUCAGGAGGUGGUGCCAAAGUUAUAGGUGGGGGAUCCAGUGGGGGCGGGGGUAGCAGUGGUGGCCAGAGCUCUGGCUGCUGCAUGGGAGGGGGAUCCGGUGGCGGAGGUAGCUCAGGUGGCCAGAGCAUCAUAGUGCCAUCUGGUGGUGGAGGUGGUGGUAGCAGUGGAGGCCAGAGUUCCGGCUGCUGCAUUGGAGGAGGCUCCGCUGGUGGAAGUAGCCCAGGUGGCCAGAGCUCUGGAUGCUGCAUUGGAGGAGGCUCUGGAGGAGGCUCCCAGUCUAUGCAGCAAAAACAACCCCUUGUACUUCCACUCUCCAUGUGUCAAACCAAGCAGUCUUCCCAAUGGCCACCAAGCCAGAAGUAA